AUGGACGACUCAACCGACGACACUGUUAUCGUGGUUAGCAGGACUCUCGAAAUGAAACCCGUCAUUUUAAACAUUCUGAAUGUCGCUGGGAGUCUUGCCGUCCCUCUUAGUUUGAUGAACGUUUUAGUUUCGGCAAUGGUGUCUAAACGAUCUGUCAUAUUCGAUAUCUGGGAGCCUGAAGAGGCAGAAAUUUACAUGGAACACAGUUUUCUAUAUUUGUGGUUGCGACCGGAACAAGUCAUGACAACAAACAUCGAUGGCGCUCAGAUUGCAUUAUGCAUCUUCAUCCUGGACUCGUCUAGCUUCAACCCAUGUCUUGCGUUGGGAUACGCUAUGUUGAACAUUGUCAAAGACUAUGGGAAGGAAGGAGUGGUAGUCUCUGUUGCUUAUGAAGUCAAUUCAUUUGGAGCGUAUGCCAUCCUUUUGCUUGGUGAUGGGUUCCAAGCUUCGUACGAUGAGGCCAGAAGGAUGGCUAAAGACAGCCCAGAAACCUAUGGAGAUUCUUAUGGGAUGCAGAUAGCUGUAGAUUUGUGUAGCCACCAUGACGAGAAUAUAAUGUAA